AUGGCUGCAUCACUAAAAGAAAUGACUUCUAAUUUUGUGAAGUUGGAGAAAUUCGAUGGAGGAAAUUUUAUCCGUUGGCAGAAAAAGAUGAAAUUCCUUCUAACAACUUUGAAGGUGGUGUAUGUUUUGAACACCACAAGACCGCUGGAGAAGGAAGUGGAAACAUUAGCAGAAACAAGAGAAAGGCAGAAGUGGGACAAUGAUGACUAUAUAUGCAUGGGCCAUAUUCUCAACGGAAUGUCUGACUCCUUGUUCGAUAUAUAUCAAUGUAGCAUCUCUACAAAUGAACUAUGGGAGAAAUUAGAGUCAAGAUACAUGCAAGAAGACGCUACAAGUAAGAAUUUUCUUGUUUCUCAAUUUAAUAAUUAUAAAAUGGUUGAUAGUAAAUCAGUAAUGGAACAAAUGCAUGAAAUUGAACGUAUUCUUAAUAACUACAAACAACAUAAGAUGCACAUGGAUGAAACCAUUAUUGUAUCCUCCAUAAUAGACAAACUUCCACCUUCUUGGAAAGAUUUCAAAAAAUCUAUGAAACAUAAGAAAGAGGACAUAUCACUUGAGCAAUUGGGUAAUCACCUUCGUUUAGAAGAAGAGUUCUUGAAAAAGAAGAACAAAGAGAAGAAUUCAAGUGCAACAAAAGAUAAUCUUGUUGUUGUCAUUUCUGAACUCAACAUGACUGAAGAUGUGGAAUCUUGGUGGAUAGACUCUGGUGCUACCCGCCAUGUGUGCAAAAACAAAUAA